CUCUGCUUAGCUGCAUAGCCAUCCUCUCCCUCGAAUUGCACGCCUCGGCUUGUUGCUAGUUCCGUCAGUGCUUGAAGAGCACAUUCACUGAGCCGCAACUCUGUACACGCUUCGCAACGGCCCCGCCAUCACGGAGGUAUUACCGUCAGCCAACAACACAUAAGCAUCUGCGCUCCCCCCAGCAAUCACGCUACCCCACAGUCCUUCGCCAUUCUCGAGCCUCGGCCCUCCAGAUCACCCCCAGCUGACGAUGCGAGUGCAAUAGCUGCACAGAGUGAGACGCGCAAGAUGGGCGCCGACAGGAGCCACGGCUCCGGCUCCUCGAAUACGGAGGCGGUCGCAUCCGGAUACGACGAGAAGACACCACUACUCCAGCAGGCCCAGAAGGGCCCCUACGAAGACACCAAGCGGCGCAGGAUAUGGCUGUAUCCCGCGCGCAUAUCCGACGGCAUUGCCGCUGUGGUCGGCGUGCUGGUGACCCCCUUUGUGUAUACGGGGCAGUGUCUGGUCGCCGCCUUCUACUACGAGGAAGACGGCCACUUCUCCUUUCUAGCACCUGUCUACAACAUCUCGCGCACUUUUACGCGUGCACGCCGGAAAAAAGUGGCGGCGCAUGCAUCAUCGCGAGCCUCGGCUGCCCCAGACCGUAGCGAGAAGGGAGUGCGCAAGAGUCGCAGUUCGAGUGUCGCGCAACCAGUUAUGAAGCAACCCACGAGACGUUCACUGUCAAUAGCAUCAACCUCGACCGCCAUGACGUCCGAUUCCGAAAGCGAGCGAUCUCCCACACGCGACGACGACCUGGACAGCCCCUCCCGCCACACUCGCUCCAAAUCGAGCGCAACUGCACGAGCAGACGAAAUCGCCCCAGCCAAAAGGUCGAUACGCAUCACCCUGCACCACAACGAGGAUGCUCUGAGGCAACGCAAGGCGGCGAAAAAGGCCCAAUCGUCAAGGGCCGACUCCAUCUCCUCCGAGGCGGCCGCUUCCCUAAAGUCCCCCACUGGCCCGGCAUCUGCGUCGUCGAAACAACUGACCAAGUUCCCACGGGCGCCCCAACCCCCGCGUCCCUUGGUGCCACGCCGCCAGCCGUCGUACUCUGCAAAAGGCGUAUCCGCCGUUGGACCACACCAGAAGACGCUGAUCAUAGAUCUCGAUGAGACGCUGAUUCACAGCAUAGUCAACGGCGGCCGCUUCCAGACCGGCCACAUGGUAGAAGUGAAGCUUCAGGCUUCGGUUGGCGCGGAUGGACAGGUUGUUGGCCCACAAGUGCCGCUCCUGUACUAUGUUCACAAACGGCCGUAUUGCGACGAUUUCUUGAAAAAGGUCAGUAAAUGGUACAAUCUGAUCAUAUUCACCGCGUCGGUUCAGGAGUACGCAGAUCCCGUCAUUGACUGGCUCGAGGUGGAGCGCAAGUACUUUGCAGGCAGAUACUAUCGACAGCACUGCACUGUUCGUAACGGGGCUUACAUCAAGGACCUUGCUCAGGUUGAGCCCGAUCUCAGCAAGGUCAUGAUUCUUGACAACAGCCCCUUGAGCUACGUUUUCCAUCCAGACAAUGCCAUUCCCAUCGAAGGCUGGAUCAGCGACCCAACAGACCACGAUCUGCUGCACCUUAUCCCACUGCUUGAGGGCUUGCAGUAUGUCACCGACGUGCGUGCGCUGCUUGCGCUUCGGCUCGGCAUGCCCGCAUCCGCGUAAUCAGGUAGCCACAAUUUUAGUGGCAUUCGAUUUAGUACCUCGCAUUCUAAUACCUUUUGUACUAUAGACCCGUUGCGCCGAGCAGUUGGCUAUGUAGCUCGUAGGAGGAGAUACCCAAGAUAUUAUUCGUUCAUGUUCCACGGC